AAGCUGCGGGCCCAGCUCCUGGCACUGUCCUCCCAACACACAACCCUGGCUGCCACCAGAGUCAUCGGAUCCCUACACUCCUGCCGCUAGGCCUCAGUUUCCCUUCCAGAGCAAUGGCAGGGCAAGGCUCAGGGGUCUCCUGGCUGGCCUUUGAUGGCUGGGAGUCUAAGGACCUCCCUCGGGUGAGCCCUCGCUUCCUCCGAGCCUGGCACCCCUCGCCUGCCGCAGCUAGGAUGCCAACGAGGCGCUGGGCCCCUGGUACUCAAUGUAUGACCAAGUGUGAGAACUCACGCCCCAAGCCCGGUGAGCUGGCCUUUCGCAAGGGCGACAUGGUGACCAUCUUGGAGGUCUGUGAGGACAAGGGCUGGUACCGUGCCAAGCACCAUGGCAGUGGGCAGGAGGGGUUGCUGGCGGCCACUGCUCUGCGCCAGCGGGAGGCCCUCUCUGCGGACCCCAAGCUCAGCCUCAUGCCAUGGUUUCACGGUAAGAUCUCGGGCCAGGAAGCCGUGCAGCAGCUGCAGCCACCCGAGGACGGGCUGUUUCUCGUGCGGGAGUCGGCUCGUCACCCCGGAGACUACGUCCUGUGUGUUAGCUUUGGCCGAGAUGUCAUCCACUACCGUGUCCUGCAUCGAGACGGCCACCUCACCAUCGACGAGGCCGUGUGUUUCUGUAAUCUGAUGGACAUGGUGGAGCAUUACACCAAAGACAAGGGGGCCAUCUGCACCAAGCUGGUGAAGCCCAAGAGGAAACAGGGUGCCAAGUCGGCCGAGGAGGAGCUCGCAAAGGCUGGCUGGCUACUCGAUCUGCAGCACCUGACUCUGGGAGCACAGAUUGGAGAGGGGGAGUUCGGAGCCGUCCUGCAGGGUGAGUACCUGGGGCAGAAGGUAGCCGUGAAGAACAUCAAGUGUGACGUCACAGCCCAGGCCUUCCUGGAUGAGACGGCCGUGAUGACAAAGCUGCAGCACAGGAACCUGGUACGGCUCCUAGGCGUGAUCCUGCACCACGGCUUAUACAUUGUCAUGGAGCACGUGAGCAAGGGCAACCUGGUGAACUUCCUGCGCACGCGGGGCCGCGCCCUCGUGAGCACAUCUCAGCUCCUGCAGUUUUCCCUACAUGUUGCUGAAGGCAUGGAGUACCUGGAAAGCAAGAAGCUGGUGCACCGGGACCUGGCUGCUCGCAACAUCCUGGUCUCUGAGGACCUGGUGGCCAAGGUCAGUGACUUUGGCCUAGCCAAGGCUGAGCGGAAGGGACUGGACUCCAGCCGACUGCCAGUCAAGUGGUCAGCACCCGAGGCUCUCAAGAAUGGGCGGUUUUCCAGCAAAUCAGACGUCUGGAGUUUCGGGGUGCUGCUGUGGGAAGUUUUCUCAUAUGGAAGAGCUCCGUACCCCAAGAUGUCGCUGAAGGAGGUCUCAGAGGCUGUGGAGAAGGGUUACCGCAUGGAGCCCCCCGACGGCUGCCCAGGCUCUGUGCACACCCUCAUGGGCAGCUGCUGGGAGGCAGAGCCUGCACGCAGACCCCCCUUCCGCAAAAUAGCAGAGAAGUUGGGCCGCGAGCUCCGCAGUGCUGGCACCGCAGCUCCCAUUGCGGGACAGGAAGCUGAGGGUUCAGCUCCCCCACGAAGCCAGGAUCCCUGACGCUGAAGCAGGGAGCAAGAGGACACAGGCUCAUGGUCACUGCACCAGGAUGGGCCAGUGUGCAGGCUCCGAAGUCCCUGGAAUCCCCACACCCAGGACACCCAAUAAAGAGUGAUGGGAAAAACCA